AUGAACGGCGGCAGCGGCCCCAAGCGGAUGUUGCGCAUCGAAGAAGGUCAACACUACUUCCUCGAACCCAACGACGAGCUGCCGUACAAGUUACUUCGCAACCUGGGGCAAGGAGGAUUCGCCAACGUGGAAGAAGUCGAGGACCGACAUACUGGCAUGGUCUUGGCCUGCAAGGUCUUCAAGUUUGGCGGCUCUUCAGCUGAGAGACAACGCCUUUUUGAUAACGAGGUCAAGGUCAUCCGCCGGUUAGCUCCGCAUCACCACAUCACUCGGAUCUUUGCGACAUACGUAGGGAGGCGUCAAAUAGGUAUCUUACUGACACCGGUCGCCGAUCGCGGCUCGCUGGAAACGUUCCUCCAGGAUUCUCAUGACGGUCUCUUUACGGGGUCUGAGUUGAAUACCUUAUACAACUCGUUUGGGUGUCUUGCUAGUGGCUUGCAGUUCAUGCACGCUCAAAGAGUACGACACAAGGACAUUAAGCCAUCGAACAUCCUAGUACACGGAGAGUCUGUAAUUUACACGGACUUUGGCUCCUCCCUGGACUACAGCGCAGCUACGCGUAGCAUUACGACAGGCCGCCCUACCUCGAUAACCCGCAAGUACGCUGCCCCGGAGCUGCACGAAUGGUCCCCACGCAGUUCUAAGACAGACAUAUUCUCGCUUGGAUGUGUCUAUCUUGAGAUCCUUAGUGCACUUGUACUGGGUCCACUAGACACCGAUAUGACUCCGUAUCGAGAUCAUAUCGAAGGGUUCUUCACACUCAUGCAGAAGAUAAGUCCUAGCUGUGACACCUGGCUGCAGGAUGUCAUCGAAAUGACAUGUCAGAUGCUCAACGUCGAACCUGAAGCCCGACCGUCGGCUGAAACGAUUACGAGCCAGCUAUGGACGUGCUGUCCAGACGCUUUUUGUGGGCAGUGCAUGAGGAGUCUCAGUUUACAUGCGCAAGUCGUACCUCCAGUCUAUUCCGACUUCACUCCGGCGAUAGCCGAGGAUUCCUGGUUCAGUCAGAACUCGCCCAUGUCUUAUGACCCCGGGUUCCAAUCACCAGCAACGUCUAUCAUUGAGGCGAAUCUCAUAUAUGACCUCCAGUUUCAGCAGCAGAUGGUACCUCAAGCGGAGUCACUGUCAACGCCAGAAGAGCGUUAUUAUAUGAAUGUAUGGGGCUAUUCUGGCCAGGCUGCAUCAUCACUACAGAUCGGUGACGUUUUGAUAUCCUCAGAACCUCUGAUUGCCACAGGGCCCGCUUCCGGCAUGAUGGAGCCGCUUCCAGCGUGGAGCUUCCUCCCUGCAUCACUGCAACCCUCUUCAGAUACGACCAUGGGCCAACCACCGUUACCGAAUAUCUCCCCCCCGCAAUGUACACAAUCAAAGUACCCUCGCGAAAAGACCCCUUGGGCUCGAGCGCAAAAGACAGAGAAGACGACCAUGGGCGAUUCUUUUGGAGCGACACGCAAGGACCAGCGCCGCGCGAAGCGAACGUACCCAUGUCCAGAGUGUGGAGAACUCUUAAAAUGCAAUUCCGAGUUCGAGUAUGGAAACACAUGUUAA